CUUUCUCUGGCUUUAGUGUCCACCUGUUGUCUGUUGAGUUCUCUUCCUGUUUGUUUUAGUUUCACACCAUUUUUCCUCACAAGCUUUCUUCAUUUACACUCUUUACCUACUCCCUGUACAGCAAACCCACAAUUCAAUUCAAUUCGCUGUUACUCACACUUGCCACCGCUCCAAUUUCAAUUUUGCCCAUGUGAUUGUAAUGAGUAUCUCUUCUCUAAAUGGCCCAAAUUUUGUUCAUAUUUACCAUUUUAGCUUUCUUCACUCUAAACUCUUCCUUAUCUCUGGAUCCCAACGAUUUCUCGCCUAUAGAAUUUGGUGUCGAUUGGUUGUUUCAUGGCGAUUACACUCCUCCGUCACCACCACCGCCUCUAUCGCCGCCUCAUCCUCCUUCUCUCUUAUGUGAAGCCGACCUUAACGGUAUCGGUACUCUUGAAACGAUUUGCAAGCUCAAUUCCAGUUUAGUAUUCCAAGAUGAUGACGUGUACAUAGAAGGAGCUGGAAGUGUUCAUGUACUUCCAGGUGUAAGUUUAAGCUGUCCGACUUUAGGUUGUUCCUUAACAUUUAACGUUAGUGGUGAUUUCAUUUUAAGUCAAAACGCUACUUUAAUUGCCGGGACGGUUUAUAUAACAGCUUUUAAUGCUAGUUUGAUCUACGGUUCGGUGGUGAAUGUGACCGGGUUAGCCGGUGACCCACCAGCUCAGACGAGUGGGACCCCAGAGGGUGUGCAGGGCUCCGGUGGCGGCCAUGGAGGGAGAGGUGCCAGUUGCGUCGUGGAUAACAUGAAGUUGCCGGAUGAUGUCUGGGGUGGAGAUGCUUAUUCGUGGUCGUCCUUGGAGGAGCCAUGGAGUUAUGGGAGUCAAGGUGGAACCACGAGUAAAGAGGAAAAUUUUGGAGGAAAAGGCGGUGGGAGGAUUCGGUUAGAGAUUCAGAAUGAGAUUGAGGUUGGUGGGACCUUGAUGGCUGAUGGUGGUGAUGGUAGUAUCAAAGGCGGUGGAGGUUCUGGUGGUAGCAUUUUCAUCAAAGCUCAUAGAAUGACUGGAAAUGGCAUAAUAAGUGCAGCAGGAGGAAAUGGUUUUGCUGGAGGCGGUGGUGGGAGAGUUUCUAUCAAUGUUUUUAGCAGGCAUGAUGAGACAGAGCUCUUUGUUCAUGGUGGAAGGAGUUUUGGCUGUCCUGAAAAUGCUGGUGCUGCUGGGACAUAUUAUGAUGCUGUGCCUCGGAGGCUUGUUGUCAGCAAUCAUAAUCUGCCCACAAAUACCGACACACUUCUUUUAGAGUUCCCUAAACAACCACUUUGGACAAAUGUUUAUAUCCGGGAUAAUGCUAAGGCUUCUGUUCCUUUGUUUUGGAGUCGUGUUCAGGUUCGAGGACAAAUUCACCUGUCAAGUGGAGCGGUUCUGAGCUUUGGGCUUGCACAUUAUGCAACAUCUGAAUUUGAAUUGAUGGCAGAGGAGCUUUUAAUGAGUGAUUCAGUUGUCAAGAUAUAUGGGGCUCUACGUAUGUCUGUCAAAAUGCACCUUAUGUGGAAUUCAAAAAUGCUUAUAGAUGCUGGUGCUGAUGCAAUUUUGGCAACAUCCUUGCUUGAGGCUAGCAAUUUAGUGGUUCUCAAGAAUUCAUCUGUGAUACAUUCUAAUGCAAAUUUGGGAGUUCAUGGGCAAGGGUUUUUGAAUUUGUCUGGACCAGGAGAUAUGAUUGAGGCACAGCGUCUGAUUUUGUCAUUAUUCUUCAGUAUCAAUGUUGGACCUGGAUCUGUGCUACGAGGUCCCUUGGAGAAUGCUAGUAAUAAUAAUACGAGACCUCGGCUCUACUGUGAACUUCAGGAUUGCCCUGUGGAACUACUUCACCCGCCAGAAGAUUGUAAUCUGAACUCUUCAUUGUCCUUCACACUUCAGAUUUGUCGAGUUGAAGAUAUAAUUAAUGAAGGCAUCAUAACUGGAUCUGUUGUUCACUUUCACUGGGUUAGAACUGUUGUUGUCCAUGCUUCGGGAGUAAUCAGUGCAUCUGGACUAGGGUGCAUUGGUGGGGUGGGAAGAGGAAAAGUCUUUGAAAAUGGUCUUGGUGGUGGUGGUGGGCAUGGUGGAAAAGGUGGGGAGGGAUAUUAUAACGGUAAUUUUAUUGAGGGUGGUUCUGCAUAUGGGGAUGCUGAUUUGCCUUGUGAGCUUGGUAGCGGUAGUGGAAAUAGUAGUCUAGCUGGUGCAACUGCUGGUGGCGGCAUUGUAGUGAUGGGUUCAUUGGAGCACUCAUUGGCAAGUUUAUCUGUUUACGGUUCACUUAGAGCUGAUGGAGAAAGCUUUGGAGAAGAUAUCCACCAAAAAUAUAUCAGGCUUUUCUCAAACAUAGGUCCUGGGGGUGGAUCUGGUGGAACCAUUCUUUUGUUUAUUCAUACAUUGGUGCUUGGUCAUUCUGCUCUUAUCUCAACUUCUGGGGGACAUGGCAGGCCAAAUAGUGGUGGUGGUGGUGGUGGAAGGGUUCAUUUUCAUUGGUCAAAUAUACCAACUGGGGAUGAGUAUCUACCCUUAGCAAGUGUUGAAGGAAGUAUCCAUGCUAGGGGAGGAUUUGGUAGAGGUGAGGGUCUUGCUGGAAGAAAUGGGACAGUUACAGGGAAGGCAUGCCCUAAAGGUCUUUAUGGAAUCUUUUGUGAGGAAUGCCCUGUUGGGACUUUCAAGAAUGCUAGUGGAUCUGACAGAGUUCUUUGUCAUAAUUGCGCAUCCUCUGAGCUUCCACAGCGUGCCGUAUAUAUCACUGUACGAGGUAGUGGUGUCACUGAAAGUCCUUGUCCGUACAAGUGCAUUUCUGACAGAUAUCACAUGCCACACUGUUAUACAACACUUGAAGAGUUGGUAUACACUUUUGGUGGACCAUGGCUAUUUGGUCUUAUACUGUUAGUUCUCCUCAUCCUGUUAGCUCUUGUUCUUAGCGUUGCACGGAUGAAAUAUGUGGGUGGGGAUGAAUUGCCAACUCUCGUGCCUGCUCCUCGGGCCUCUCGAAUAGCUCACUCCUUCCCUUUCUUAGAGUCUUUGAAUGAGGUUUUGGAGACGAGUAGAAAUGAAGAGUCCCAGAGUCAUGUGCAUAGAAUGUAUUUUAUGGGGCCCAAUACUUUCAGUGAACCUUGGUAUUUACCUCACUCUCCUCCUGAGCAAGUAAUGGAUAUUGUAUAUGAGGAUGCAUUCAAUAGAUUUGUGGAUGAGAUUAAUGGUUUAGCUGCAUAUCAGUGGUGGGAAGGAUCUAUCUACAGCAUUCUUUCCAUUCUUGCUUAUCCACUGGCAUGGUCCUGGCUUCAACGUUGCCGAAAAAAGAAAUUACAACAACUUCGUGAAUUUGUUCGGUCAGAAUAUGAUCAUGCUUGCUUACGUUCUUGCCGUUCACGUGCUCUCUAUGAAGGGCUUAAGGUAGCUGCAACUGCUGAUCAAAUGCUGGCAUAUGUUGACUUUUUCCUUGGCGGUGAUGAGAAGAGAUCUGAUCUUCCUCCUCGUCUUCAACAAAGGUUGCCAAUGUCAAUAAUAUUUGGGGGAGAUGGAAGCUACAUGGCUCCCUUCUCUCUUCAGACUGAUAACAUUCUUACCAGCCUUAUGAGUCAGUCUGUUCCACCAACCAUAUGGUAUCGACUAGUGGCAGGUCUAAAUGCCCAACUGCGCUUGGUUUGCUGUGGACACUUAAAGAUUACUUUAGGUCAUGUUAUCAGUUGGCUUGAAACACAUGCAAAUCCUAUUUUAAGUACAUAUGGUAUUCGUGUUAAUCUUGCAUGGUUUCAACCUACUUCUUCUGGAUAUUGCCAGUUUGGACUUGUGGUAUGUGCCAUUGAAAAUGAAAGUCUGGCACAAUCUAUCGAAGGUCAAGAUGGGCCUUUGCUACAUGAGCAGCCAUCAUGUUUGCUCAGAUCAAGUAGGGAAGGCACACUAGAUUAUUUGAGGGUCAGCGAACAUCUAAUGACACGGAGAAGGAUAUAUGGAGGAAUUUUGCUUGCCAAGAGCUUACGAACUCUCAAAACAAAGAGGACUAUCUAUUAUCCCUUUUCCUUCGUUGUUCAUAAUUCUAAACCUGUUGGUCAUCAGGAUCUUGUUGGUUUGCUAAUCUCAAUACUUCUCCUUGCCGAUUUUAGCUUAGUUUUGCUUACUUUGUUGCAGAUGUAUUCUAUAUCACUGCUCAACUUCUUCUUAGUUUUGUUUAUCCUUCCUCUUGGUCUACUGUUUCCAUUUCCAGCUGGAAUAAAUGCUUUGUUCAGUCAUGGACCUAGACGGUCAGCAGGCCUUGCUCGUUUAUAUGCUCUGUGGAAUGUGACAUCCUUGAUCAAUGUUGCAACUGCAUUCAUAUGCGGAUUUGUUCAUUAUAGAGCCCACUCAAGUAAAAAACAUACAAACUUUCAAUCCUGGAAUUUUAGUGUGGAUGAAAGUGAAUGGUGGAUGCUUCCUUGUGGAUUGGUGUUGUGUAAAAUAAUUCAAGCCAGACUGAUUGAUUACCAUGUGGCAAAUCAAGAAAUACAAGAUUACUCACUCUAUAGCAAUGACCCUGAUUUAUUCUGGCAGUCAUGAACAAAAUAGUUCAGAUAAAGGUUGUUGAAUGUGUGUUGAGAGAAUAGGCGAGUAUAGUGUGCUGUAGAUACACAAUUCAAUUAAGUUAAUAGUUUGUAAUUUGUGGAUUGGCUGUGCCUCAUUCCUUGCUUUCAAAAGGUGGUUUAUUUAUUUA